AUGGCUGCAGUCUUUCCAGCAAACCAGGUGAUUGUGGUCGGCGGUGGCCUGGCAGGUAUGUCUGCUGCCAAUACCGUAGUGGAGAACGGUGGCCGCACUGUGCUGCUGGACAAGUCUUCCUUUUGCGGUGGCAACAGUACCAAGGCCACAAGUGGUAUCAACGGUGCGGGCACCAAAACCCAAAAAGGCCAGUCCAUCCCAGACACCGCUGAUAUCUUUAUUGCUGAUACGCUCAAGGGCGGUGCCAAAAAGCCAGAGCUGGCCAAGGUGCUCUGCGCCAACAGUGCUGCUGAUGUUGACUGGCUCGUGGACAAGUUUGACUUGGACCUUUCGCUGGUAGCUCGCCUGGGAGGACAUUCCCAGCCAAGGACGCACCGCGGCAAGGAGCGAUUCCCCGGCAUGACCAUCACCUACGCCCUCAUCCAGAUGUUGGAGAAGGUCGCGGAAAAGACCAACCGUGCCCGAAUCAUCACGAAGGCAGAAGUCUACAAGUUGCUCACGAAUGCCAAGGCGGUUGUGGGCUGCGAGUACAGGAAGGCUGGAAAGACCAUCAAAGAAUUUGGUCCCAUGAUUUUAGCAUCGGGCGGCUUCGGUGCCGAUUUUGGAGCUGACUCACUCUUGGCAACCUAUCGCCCUGACCUGCUCCACUUGCCCACCACAAACGGCGAGCACUGCACUGGAGAUGCCAUCAAGAUGGGCGAGGCCAUCGGGGCCGCCACCGUUGACCUCGAGUGGGUGCAGGUGCAUCCGACGGGCCUCGUCAAGCCCGACGAUCCAGAUGCCAAGGUGAAGUUCUUGGCCGCUGAAGCGCUCCGCGGGGUUGGAGGCAUUGUCCUGGAUGCGAACGGAGAUCGCUUCUGCAACGAGCUGGGCCGACGGGACUACGUGACAGGCGAGAUGUGGAAGAACAAGCCUCCUUUCCGCCUCUGCUUGAACAAGGCUGCUGCAGAUGAGAUUAUCUGGCAUGCCAAGCACUACACCGGACGCGGAGUCAUGAAGUUCUAUGCAAGUGGUGAGGACCUGGCCAAGGACAUGGGCGUCCCUUUGCAAAAGCUUGUGGAUGCUCACCAGAAGCACUUCGAGGCAGCAAAGAAGCAGGAGAAGGAUCCUGAAGGUGGUCCCUUCCCUGCCUACCCAUCUGGCAAGACUUGGGAUGAGCCGAGUGGCAAGACUGGCAGCGGCAAGAAGUUCUUCCAUAACAUCAUUGAUGGCUCGAAAGUCGCCACGGAACCUUUCUACGUAGCUAUCAUCACGCCAGUGAUCCACUACUGCAUGGGAGGCUUGGAGUGCACAGUGGAUGCCGAGUGCAUUGACAAGUCUGGCAAGGUGAUCCCAGGCCUGUAUGUGGCUGGUGAAGCAGCGGGGGGCAUCCAUGGCAACAACCGCCUUGGCGGCAACUCUCUGCUGGACUGCGUGGUGUUUGGCCGCGUGGCAGGAAAGGCUGCCUGCAAGUUCACCUUUGGAGCAGGUGAGAAGUUCAAGCUUUGCCCCACACCAGGUGAGCUCAAAGAGCUUACCAAGUGA